CAGGAUCUGACUGCCCUGGCUAAAGAACUGAGGGAGUUGCGAAUAGAUGAGAUCAACCGGCCGCCCCUUAAACUGACCGACUACUCCUCCUCCAGUGAGGACUCUGAGAGCAGCGAGGAUGAGGAUGGUACUGUGGGGCAUGAUGGCACGGUGUCAGUCAGUGACAUCCCCAGGAUCAUGCCCUCUGUUCAGGGAAAUAAUGAGUCUUUCACAAGCAGCCGAGAUGAGUCCUUCGGUGACUCCUACAACGAUGAGUCUAAGGAUGGCACCCUAAGAAUGAGAGCGGCCAAUGAGAGGCAACGCUUGGGCCACGGCGAGAGCAAUGGUUUCGCAGGCCACGGAAACCUACCAGACCUGGUGCAGCAAAGCCACUCCCCAUCAGGAACUCCAACAGGCAUCAAUUCCCAGGACCUGGACUCUAUGGAUGAGGUAGAUAANNNAGGUGGUUCGAAAGCUUCUUUCACUCCUUUUGUGGACCCACGUGUGUAUCAGACCUCCCCCACAGAUGACAACGAUGAGAGCUCAGCAGCCGCUUUGUUUGCUAAUGAGCUGUUGCGUCAGGAACAGGCCAAACUGAAUGAGGCUCGCAAGAUCUCUGUGGUCAAUGUCAAUCCCACCAACAUCAGACCUCACAGCGACACACCAGAGAUCCGCAAGUACAAGAAGCGCUUCAACUCCGAGAUCCUGUGUGCUGCUCUAUGGGGUGUGAACCUCUUGGUGGGCACUGAGAAUGGUCUAAUGCUGCUGGACCGCAGCGGUCAGGGCAAGGUGUAUAACCUCAUCACUCGCCGGCGCUUCCAACAGAUGGAGGUGCUAGAGGGUCUAAAUGUCCUGGUCACCAUAUCAGGUUUGUCCCACUACAAAAAGAGCUACACAAGGGCAUCAAAGUUGACAUUUGCAGAAACUUAA